GUUUGAUUUACGUUUUAAAAUAACCAUCGGUCAGGUUUAAAUUAUAGACUUAACAAAGGACUUAGACUUAACGACCGGGUACGCUCAGCAUGACGCUUCAGGUGGGCUCAAAUGCUUUUAUUGUUGGUAAAGCUAUUUUGCCGUCAAGCUGUACUCCAUUGUCCACGCCGACACAUGGAUAAAUCCAUUGUUGCUUAAAGACGAGGUAUUUUUUUUUUUUUUUUUUUACUUUGUUUUUGCACUUUUCUAUUUGGAUAAAGAGCUGUGGUUCCUCGACAUUCAUUUGCAUUGCCUUGUUUACAUUUUUCUUAAUGUAUCGAUUAAUUAUAUGAUAAUUUACUUUAUUCUAAGAAAUAGCUGCGACUCUGUAGAAGUCGCCUCCCUAUUUGACUAUUCGCCUUCUUUGUUUCUUUAGUAAUUAGUUCUUUGUUUUUUUUCAUUAAUUUUUAUUUAUUUAUUUUUCAGGCGACAUGAAUUGUCCAACGAUUUUUUUUACACUAUUUAUUUCCGUGACAUUAACUGUAUCAAGUGUCCAGGACGAAAUAAUCAAAGAAGAUGCAGAAAGUAACAAAGGUGAAGUUUAAUAACAGUAAGCUUUGUAUACUUAACAAUUAUUCUUUGAAAUCGAGGCGAAUAGUGGCUAAAUAUUUACCGAGGCGCGAAGCCGCUAGGUAAAUAUUCCUAAAGCCACUAUUCACAGAGAUUGAAAAAAAUAAUUGCUUUCGUAUAUGCACAAGAAGUGAUCUCAACAAAAUCAGAGAGGAAACCAUUAGAAAGUACGAUUUGAUUGACGGAUCAAAUCACGCGAAAGUUUAAUUAAAAUAGAUCUUUGCAGAAUUUUCAAACAUGGCAAUUCACUAGUUUAUCACUUCGCAAACAACAGCGUAAUGGCUUAAAGGGAACCGUUAAAAGUUUGAAUUGUUUCCUUAACUGAGAAGAAAAGUAGAGCUUUUUUGUUUUCUGUUGACUCGCUAAGUUUAUAGCCAAAAGGGUUUGUUGUGUCGUUCUUCGCAUGAAGUGCUGACAAAAAUGGCGGCUCUGUUGCUCAAGGUAAGACGUUGUCUUCCUGUACCAUUCUUUUUCCUAUUUACUUGAAACGUAGAAUUUUUGCAAACAUUUGCUUUCAAAUUUGUUUGUCGUAACUAAAAUUUGAUUUUUGGGCCAAAUUUUCUUGUUAGGAAACGCUGAGUUCACGAAACGGCUUCUUCUACGCGAAUAAACUGGAGUUGUAAACAAUCCAUGGAGCGCAAAACUCAGCUACAGUAAAUGGAAAAACGCCGUUUUGAAUCCUUCGAAGUCUUUUCUUGCCUUAAAAAAAGUCAACCCUAGGAUUUUGUUGACUUUUAAAAGAUCGUUCUCUAAAAAAAUGGGAAAAACACCGAGCUCACACCUUAUCCACUCGCUAGGAGGUGAAUAUUGUUGAAUAGUCCGAGAUAGCGAACCAAUCAGUGAUUUAGAAAUCACCAAGAUCACUGAGUGUCUAUAUACUAAAGUAAAAUGUGGGUCAGAACAGCCUUACACAAAUCAGCAAACUAUUGUCCCGGUUACGGUUAUUACAAAGAUGAGUAUUUUUGAUAAAUUGUGAUAAUUUUAUGUACUUAGCUGAGCGCUUUUAAGUAGUUUGGCUUGUUCUUCGGUAAUUUCUUGUCUUCUUACAAACGUUGAACACCUGGUUAGAACCAAUUUAGCCUCGAACGUCUUAAUAUAGGAGAGAACUAUUUCCUUUGAUUUUAAGCUGAUGUAUGAUCCCUUUUCCAAAGGGAAAUGGAUUUUCACGCACGAUUCAGUUGUCUUCUGCCGCUGUUUAUCAUUCUUGAAAAUUUAAGACGCCAGAACUUGUCAAAUGUCUUCGAAAAAGAACAAUCUUGAUUCUGUUGUUUGUUAUCUCACUGUGAAGUUAAGUUAUUUGAAUCAUUCCGACCAACAAAAGACCCUCUUAACUGUAUUUUCUUGCUCUCGUACUCUGAAUUCAAACACGGGACAUUUUUUAGUUGAAUUUCCUCUCUUGACUCGAGGGUUUCUUUUACAUUCUUCUUAAUGUUUGCUUUUUAGCUGUUUCGACUGCCAGAAAUCCCUCCAUAAGGAAUGCAUGUGCUAUUGGUAUGUGGAAAAGCCAGGAUACUUCUCCAAAUGUGAAGAUUCCACAGCCGACCUGGCUCCAAACGCCAUCAAUAGUACAGAUUAAGAAAGGUAUCACAGAAGCCGCCAUGCUGAUAUUGAAACAAACAAACAAACAGACAACCACACACGCAAAUAAGUACAGUAUUAUAAUUAUGUAUAUGAUGUUAGCAUUCAAAGGGAAAAGUCAUUCUCAAAUAAAAAAAAAAUGUCUUUCGUCGGAGGGUAAAUAUAAAAAAGUCCACGAUUUCUUCAGCCGAUCGUUACCCAUCACUUGCGUUGCUAACUGCUCGACUUUUUAGCUUGUUUCUGAAUGUCGUUUGCACCGACAAAUCCCUUUUAUCGCCGUGGUCUAUUUUCAACAACAGCUCAAAGUAGGAUUGAAUAUAUUUCUUUUUGCAAGUCCAUCAACUCCGAACUUGUUUUCUUCUUUCUUUCUACGAAAUUCCUUUAAACUGACAAACCCUUCAACGAAGGGGCUCCGUACGCGCGUAGUCCAUAAGUUUUCUUGUACAAGGUAUAAUUCUUUUGUUAGCUUGGUAAAGCAUACAUAUCCUUUAAAACUUCCUAAUCUUAAGUUAUUAUUAUUAUUAUUAUUAUUAUUAUUAUUAUUAUUACCUCUUUAUUAAACGACUGUCUUAUGGUCUUAAGCUGUAGAAUACCUUAAUUUUCUUAUUAACGCUUUUGUAUAUUUUUUUCUUAAAUAAUUUUAAGGUCACUAUCGAGCCCUCGGUCGAGUCAUUCAUGUGGCAAACUUGAAAAACCAGCUGAAGACAGAACAAGGCUUGAAUUUUGAUCCCGCCAGAGCUGCUAUUGACCUUACUGAACAACUGGAAAUUCUUGCAGACACUCUUUAUGUUAAGGUAGCGUUAGAUCUCGGACUUAGCGUACAUUAUUUGAACCAAGAAAUGGUUAAGAAUUGUAAUAAUAAUAAUAAUGAUAAUAAUAAUAAUAAUAAUAAUAAUGAUAAUAAUAAUCUUUAUUGAGAUAACUUUUUCAUACAAGAAGUAUCUCAUAAUAUUAAAAAAUAAGGUACACACAAUCAACGAUAAAAUUAAACGCUAAAAUAAGUAAAAAAAACUAUUAAAAUGUACAAGAUAUCAACUAAUAUAAAAUCAUUGAAUUAAAGAUUUAAAAGAGCAAGCUUAAAAACAUUCACAUUCACGUCAUCGAAAAUGCCCAACAAAAUGGCUACCAUCUUGGAUUUUGCCAGAUAUUAUAAAUUUAUCACUUGACAUGUUCAUAAAUUAUGAUUGAAAUUUUAUUUUUUUUACCGUUGUUAGCAGCCGACAAAAAGCUGAAAAUACAAUUUUGCAGAAUAUAGAAAUAUUACUCGUCAGAGGAAGGUUUGACCUAAAGAUGUUUAUAUUGCUUAUAGAAAAGAGUUUUUUUUCUUAGUUCUGGUAGUUGCCCGAAGUUUUUAUGGAACAAAAGAAUAAGCAUCGCCAUUACAGCUGCUAUUUACUCCCGGCCUAUAAAGUUUAUGCAAGUAGCGAAGUGAAGUAAGAAAACUUGCUUUGUCUCAAUAAUUUCAACAGGGAGAAGUUUCCUUUUAUGGAAUUAAAAAAGUAAAAGUAUUUGCAAGGGAAAUUGUUGCUGCGAGUGGAAGUACGCUCGGUGUAUUUACUCCUAAUUGGAAACAGACGUUUUCACGCCCAGUUGCUACCGAAACAAACGGAGAUGGAACCAAAGGAGAGGAUGGCAAACAUGGCGCAGACGGACCAAAAGGUAGGUGGGAAGCCUUUUUUAAAACUUUUGACUUGAUUUCCUUACACACAGCUGGUUUCCUUGUAAACCAGGAUCGGGGGUUGAGGGUUAAGGAUUGGGGAUCAGGAUCGGGGAUCGUGGAUUGAAUAUCAUUAACCAUAUGAAAAAACGUGUUAACCGAAUUUCCAAAAAUAAAUUUGAAAAGACCAGAAAAGAGCGCAAAUGAAGUGAAAAUGGCUUGUGACUCACGUUUAUGCGUGUAAAAUAGGAACCUUCCUGUGAGCACAAUGUUUUUGCUUGAGUGAUUUUCAUUUAUAAAUUGUUCGACUUCGUUCUGAUAGCGUUCCCGGCGAGUUGUUCUUAGUCAUUAUACGUUUCUGGAAACUGCCAACCUACCCCUCCCCCAAGCAAACACUACCACUUACUUCUUACUUAGAGCAAAAGGUUGGCUUAAGGGAGGGGUAGGUGGCAUGGGCAGUUUCCCAGAAACGUAUAUUGAUCGUAGUUUUGUACACCGUGAGAGAGAGAAUAGGAUAUUUUGGUAAGUUAAAAGAAAACAAGGGCAUUUUUUCCCAGGACUUUCCACUUUUAUAAGGAAAUUCGCUGACGACACCAUUAUCUCUGAGCUGAUUCCACUGUCCAGUCACAGUAAUCUUCAACAACGUGUCGACCAUAUCAGCAAUUGCUCUCAACAAAGUCUAACCAAAUGCAAAGAAAUGCUGACCCGUUUCAACAGAACUGAUGAUCUAAUAACCGAUCCCCGAUCCUCGAUAUUGGUUUUCCACAAGGAAAUCGAGACAGCAGGUGACAGCGAACAGCAUACAGUAAUUCGAAACGUAGUAAAUUAAAUUUUCAGUGCGCGCGCAGUAAUUAUGAUUUAUGGUCGCAUUUUGCUUUUCGUUUUAUUUUUCAGUGGUAAUAAUCUGUGACGUAAUAACUGGAACCUUCGAAGUGACUUCUAAGGGAGGAGAUGGACAUAAAGGACAAGAUGGGGGACCAGGUUCAGAUGCAGCGGACAGCCACUCUGUUGUAGGUUGUUUACUUACAGACCCUCCCAUGGUUUUUUAACUUUUGACACGGACUAGUUAGGGAAAAUCUGUCGAUGCCACUGGAAAGAACGCAUCAAAGUUGGUAGAAUUUUCAAGUUUGAAAGUGGUGUGCCUUAAGCAGCGAAGAUAUAGUUCCUGAAAGUUGCGAAAAUUUAUUGUCGUUUGUAUGGUGGAGGGGGGGGAAGUUUUUUGUGUCCCUGGCCGCCAUACAAACGUCUGUAAAAUUUCGCGACUUUGAGGAGCCAUAUCUUUGUUAGUUUUCAACAAAUCACUUCCAAACCUGGCACUUAGUUUUGCCAAUUUAAACGCACUUUUUCCAGUGGAGUAGGCGGAUUUCCCUAACCUGUUCAUGUCAAAAGUUGAACGAAGCCGUGGAAGCAUAAGAAAAUCGUGGAGCAUAAGAAAAAAUAAACCAUGUUUCCGGGGUGCAAACUCGCCUAAGUUAUUCAGAGUUAUAUGCCACAAGCAAUAAGUAAAAGGAAUAGAUUAAUUAUCAAGUCGUGAGAAAAUAACGUACACAAGUUCUAUAAAUACAACAAAAAUAAUAAGUUAUUGAAAAGAAAAGUAGCAUAUUAGAAUAUGUUGCAAGUUAAACAAAGUUUAUCACAACAACCCACAUAUUAGUACCUGUUGAUCUUGCUUGCCUAAACAUGUUCUUGGACUUCUGGGUAUUAUAAAGUAGUGCAUUUCUGCCGGGAGGUUCUUAAUCCACAGGUUCUUUAAUUAUAUGCGGGUGUUUGCUGUAUUGUUAAAUAUUCUCUACCUUUAGUUGGUGCCACAUUAUAUACCUGAUUGAAAAAACGUUGUCGCUGAAGUAUAAACCAUGAACGAUGAGGUUUCAAGGAUUUAUGGGUAGUAGGUUCAUUAGCAAAGCAAAUUCAAAGUUCUUUCGACAAAAGUUUACAUUGUCACGAGAUGCUCGUGCGGAUGCAAAUCCCUAGAGUAUUUUGUUUAAGGCAUGCUGUUGUCUUUUUUUUGUCUUCCAAGAACGUUUUUAGGUCCUAUCUUAUGAUUUUCAAGUGUGCGUUAGCGAUAUGGCUACGCUCUUUAACUGUAGAAAUCUCUUAUGUGUCCAUCACUGGUGAAGUUGUGAGUCGUAAAUACUGGAAACCGUUUUACGUUUUUUGGAAUGCAUUGUCGCGAAAAGCUUCGUAAAUGUAAACAUUUUUGAGAAGAACUUUAAAUUUACAAUGCUAAUAAAGUUCUACCCGUAAAUCCAUUAGGUCCCUUCGUUCAUGGUUUAUACCUUUCAAGCGACAACGUUUUUUCACUAUCAGGUGUAUACGAAAGUCAAUUUCUUAAGCGUUCGGUUGCUUGUUGUGAAUGGAAAUUAAUCAAGCAUAAUUAUUUUCUUAGAGAGCUGAUAAGGACAAGGGUAGAUGUUCUAGUCGUAGAUAUAGAUUCCCGCCUCGCGGGUUGAGAGACAAAUGCAAAGGUCUAUCCCAAAGGGCAGAACAAGGAGAGAGAGGAAAAGAUGGAGGAAAAGGAGGGAAUGCUGGAAAACCAGGUACCUUACACUGUGUCUUUUAUGUUGAUUGAUUUAUUAAUAGCUUUCUUGUAAAAUUAUACCAUGUUUCCCUUUGGCUGUUUUGUGAUUUUGUUUGUCCGUUUUUGCUCGGGCCUCCGUGGGAAACACCGGAGCUUAAAAAUGAGCUCGAUUUUUUUUUCUGGCACAAAUCGUCCUCUAGCGUCUGCAGCGCGUGCGCAAGAUAUAAGAAUAUAGUUCAGCGCACUGAAGUAGAGAACGUGGCUUCCUGUCUGAGGUGAGCAAAGUCAUCUGUUUGGAAUUGUUCUGUUUAAAUAGAAUAAAACAAAACCGGACUUACAUGAAAGUUUACUCUAGAAGUAACAAGUCUUUUUUGGCAUUUCUAGAUUUUUAUUACAUUGCCCAUUGACAAAAAAAGCCAUUCUUUGACUUGGAUUAAGAAACUUUAACUAACGAAUGUGACCACGUAGGGCCACCUUUUUAACAUAACAAAGAAAGGCACGUGACCUAAGUAGUUAACGUCUGGCAACAAAAUCAACUGUCACGCGUAUCUUUGAACUUGCAGUCUACAUGUUUUGAUAGUUACCGGGGAGUUACUUCUUAGGAAUGGAACCCAACGAAUGAUGUCUUUACCAUUCAAAAUUUCACAAUAAGUUACAACAAGGAAAUGAACUAUUCUUCCAAAAGUUCUCUUUAUUAGGCCAAAUGUCCCUUGGAAGACUGUUUGCGAGUAACGAAGGUUUAUAUUCAUCUGCAGAUUUAUCGCAAGGCCUGUUGUCCCCAUAACCUUUUCUCCACAAUACUAUUAUGGCAGAAUUGGCUCCGCAGUCGGUAGAGGAUAUGACUGCAGAGCGGGAGGUCGCAGGUUCGAUCCUCGGGCCAGACCAAUACUCAGGGUCUUAAAACACAGGUACCCAAGCUCACGAGUGAGAAUCAGUGAAUCGCUGUUGCGUAACAGAAAUAUUAUAAGAGUUUGUAUGGAGACUUAAGCGAUCGUUAUUUAGGGGUCACAAUCUAAUAGUAAUAAAAAUACAUCAGAAUUUCUUACCUUGUCUCCUUCUCUAAAUUUGUGGUGUUUUCUUAGCAUUUUUGGCCGUUUCAGGGCGAUUCCAGCGAUUUUUAGUUUUACCGUUGUUCACUCCAAAUGGUUCAAUCGCCGGCGUCCAGAUUUAACCCAGGGCACGUUACAAUCCGCCUGUAAUUACUGCUUUUUCAUUGGACAAAAGCGACCGCAGUGCGCGCAUAUUAGCUCGCCAAAACAACGACUCUCUUCCAUCGAGAGCCAUCGAUGAAGCUUUGCUACGAAGUUCCGCGCACGGCCGUUGAAAAUCUAACCUUAGCGACCCCAGCCUUGCGGUUCAAGUUACACGCACACACGGUGGGUGAGGGGACAAUUUUCGCCAAAACAACAACUUUAUCCCCUACUAGUGUAAAAAAACUGAAAUGUUCUUCUCUGUAAUCCUAAAGGUAACGGGGGCAAUGCCGGCGGUAUGACACUACGCUACAGAAAACAGAUGGGACAGACAACAUUAAAAACCUGUGGGGGAACUGGAGCUCAGCCAGCUCAAAAUGGAAAAGGAGGAAAGGGUAAGACAUUUCUGCAUUUUUUUUUUGUUAGCGUUCAAUUCCACGCCACCGUGGCUUACGUCAUUGUGAUGUGGAAUUGAAGGCGGGAAAUAGUUUUAUUGUUAUCGAAUUGUUAGAUGCCAUUUGGCCUCAAAGUAACCAAUGACUGUCCAAUUUGAUCUGUAAUCGUGUAUUCGUGAUUAAGCAAAUCGGAUAUUUGUUAAUCACUUGUAUAUUUACAGGCGGAAUUGGACGAUACUCAGGCCUAUUGGUAGUGGUAGUGGUAGUGGUAGAGGUAGGGGUAUUGGUAGCGGUAAUAGCAGUAGUUUGUUCACUGUCGAGAAAUUAGAUAUUUCAUCAUCGCUAAGAUUUAAUUACUCCGCAUGUACGUUUUGAAAGUUUUGCAAAUGGCAAAUUAAGACAUGGUUAAAGACGCAACCAGUGCCUUAAGAAAAUUAUUACUUUGAACCUUAGGUGGCGAAGGCGGGCAGGGAGGACGUGGAGUAAAAUGCGACUUAGGAUCUUCGUAUAUGCGAGAGGGGGGAACGGAAUAUUUUUGCGAAGGAGAAUACACUGAAAGAGCCCGUAAAGGAGAUACCGGUAAUAAUGGAGCAGCAGGAUCGAGUAAGAUAAUUUUAAUUAGAUUCAACAUUGUCAUUUAAUUUCUGGCCAAACCAAGAAUCGUUGUUGUAAACUAAAAGAAAAUCUUCACCAAAUAGUUAAUUUUACAUAAUUGUAUACGAAAUAGGACAACAUGCUGUACAAUUUGGAAACAAUUGGAUGAAAAAAAAAAUUCCGACGACAGCCCAAAUUAAAUUUGGCUGUCAGAAAAAUUUUUUGAAUUCAAUUUUUUACAAAUUGGACAAGCAUGUAGUCCUCUCACCUAUUAAUCAUAUAGCUGGUUAGCUUAUCUAGAUUUGUUUAUAAUAAGCGUUUGACAGAAAUUAAGAAUAUUGUACAUUCAAACCGUCCGUAGUUAAAACAAAAUCAGACAGCAAGAUUUAAAAAAAAAAAAACAAGAUUUAUUCUAGUUUUCUGCCAACUUGCCAUUCACAAGGCACAAACAACGAAACAACAAUGCAACUACUUAAUUUAAACAAGGAAACUGUUGAAAAUAAACAUUUAAACAUCAUUUCAUACUAUUUCCUCCAUUUUCCAUCGCGAACUAAAAACUUUUAAAAACGUUUAUGUUCAGAACUGUCUGAAAAUCUUCAGAACACUAACGCCUGUGGAUCGAUCUUCCACGUGUGCUUGUUCUUCGUUAUUUUUCGAUGCCAGUAGACUUUGUCAGCAUCUGAACACAUAAAUGUUUGGUUGGAACACCGGCCAACAUAUCAGUGUUUUCUUAAUCUUGUCCAAUGUUUCAGUGGUUCUACAUUUUCCAGGACCUUUAGUAUUUGAUACGCCACGAAUGCGGGCUUGUUUCCAAUACAAACUUUGGUCACACUUUUCCUUGUAACAAACAGUAGCAUUUGGUGUCAUACUGACGGCAUUAAUAUAUUCACAGCAACAAAAAAGUCAAAAGCCUUCCCCGACGAACCGCCGUCAGCUAACAACACUUUUCUGGCGCGUUGCCGGUCACAGUAACUUUGUGCUUACCGGCUAUUUUGGAUUGCCUUUCGUUUUCUGGCAUUUGAUUGGUUCAGACAAACUGUAGUAACUACAUACGUAUGUAUUUAAAUAGGUGUGUCGUUAAUUAUACUUUAUUCUAUUCGUUGAGUGUUGAAUUCCGACCGACGUUUCGUGCAGGCCGUAAGGUUGAAGAGUGCAUAGUUGAGCACACCAGAUCAGAAUGCCUCUCUAAGGGCCUGUUUACAUUGAGAUGGGGGACCCCAGGUAGGUGAGGUAACCCGCCUGUCCAUAUAAUCUCUCAUGAUAGGUGGGGUGACCCGCCAUGGUAGCCCGGUCUGCCAGACCGGGUUAACCCUCUCAGCCGGGGUCAGAUUUUUCCAUGUAAACGUUUCAAGGUGGCGUAACCCGCCUAGCCGGGGUCGGAUUCGCGAUACUGAAUUCGCUCAAAAUUCACUUUGGCGGUGGCUUUGCAUCAUUAUUAAAGGUAACAAUCGAAAGCCACAGCGCUGAAGGUUGCAGCAAGAGCAGCGAGUGUAGGAGAGCAUUAAUCACCAAAAAACGUGGUUUGCCAGCAUUUUCUUGUUUACGUACUUAGCGACCAUUCAGUAAUCUUGAGAAAGUGUACCCCGGGAUGGCGGGGUUGUAAGGUUGCAUGUAAAGGAGGGAUAUUUUUUUACCCCACCUAAGCAGUUUACCUCACCUAUCUGGGGUCCCCCACCUUCUUGUAAACAGGCCCUAAUUUGAAGAAUUAUAAUGUCUUUUUAAUUUAAGCUACCAGGGAAAAUAAAAAAAGUUGUAUAUAAUUAUAUCCAACUCUAGCCUAAAAUAUUUAAUUCAAUCAUAAAACAUUACUUUCACUAUUUUUGUUUUCUUUAAAGAUUACUCUUGAACCAGGUGAUAGCAUUAUAUGUAGAUGUUUACCUUAGUAUUCAAGGCACCAUUGUCACACUCGCACUGUUCGAUUUUGGAAGAAAAUCGUAAUGACUUAAUGAAACCUACGUGCGUUUAUACUUACCUCUCGUCCCAUGUAACGGAAUCCAAGACAGUCUUGGACUCUGGAUUCAACACCGUGGAUUCCGGAUUCUAGGUACUGGAUUCCGGAUUCUUCGUCAGUGGAACUUGGAUUCCGGAUUCCAAUCUGGAUUCCUUAAGCUAUAUCGCGGAUUCCAAUGCCCGGGAUUCCGGAUUCCACAAGAUAAACUUCCCGGAUUCUGGAUUCCACAAGCAAAAAUUUCCCGGAUUCUGGAGUCCGCAAUCCCUUACAGGGGGCGAUACUUCUCUCUGAAUAGGCCUCUUCCGAGUUCCAAAAACCCUCACUUUCAAAAUGAGGCUAGGUGCACAACCUUUCUUGUGAAAAUGAGUUUUAUUUGCAUGAGAAUGAAAAAUGAUUUCCGUAUCAAAGUCUGAGCACCUACCCUCGUUUUGAAACAGAGGCCCGGGGGAACUCGGAAAUGGCCUAUUAACUUUACGUAGAAGGCAACAACGAGGAAAUAUACCUGAUAUUGGCAAAGACUAACGGAUUCAAUUUUUACCGUAAAAUUCCGAAAAUCAUGGCCCGGGGUUUAUGUUUUUCAAGGGCCCUUUUUGAGUGGUUUAUUUUUGGAGGGGCUUAUCUACGGAGGGAAAUUUACGUUUCAAAUCGAUUGGGCUCGCCUUAUAGGCGGAAAGAAAUUUACCGUUUUUGUUUUGUUUUUCUUUGAAUUUGAGGGCAUUUCCAAGUACAAGCGGGCUUAUAUUUGGAGGGGCGAUUUAACGGAGGUUUUUUUUUUGCGUUACGUGUUUGGGGGGCUUAUAUUUGGAGGGGCUUAUAAAGUGUUUUCACUCACGUGGCCAGCAUCUAUGCUAAUACAUUGGAGCAAAAGAAAGUUUUUACAUAAGAAAAGAGUUCAACUCCCACAGGUUUUGUUUGGAACACCAACAUGGCCGCCGUUUUAAUGUUUUGGAACACCAACAUGGCCGCCGUUUUAAUGUUUUGGAACACCAACAUGGCCGCCGUUCUAUUGUUUUGGAAUACCAAUAUGGCCGCCGUGACGUCAUGUGAAAACGCUCUAUACAUAGGGGGGCUUAUUUUCGGAAUUUUACGGUAUUACUAGAAUCUAUGGGGGAUACUCUUUACCUGGUUUGACUGUGAUGGAAGCUUCGCUUUUAACCUUGCCUUAAUCUAUGUAUUAUACAAUAAUAUUUUUCAGCACCAACCGUUAAAGGAAACGAUGGCACUGUCAGCAAGGAACUUAUCCAAUACGGACUUCUGGACGCACCAAGCAAGAAAAAAUUUCCAGCGGAACUCUUGCUUAUCAUAAGAAGGCAAGCUGUCGACUUGUUGCUGGGUGACAGAGACAACCAAAAGGGUAGAGACGCCCUGCGGUUUAUUAAAGAUGUGGCGACUGGAAGAGAUGACGUGAAAGAUAUUAAAAAGGGUAAUUAUUUUGUGAGAGCAGCUUGGUUAGGUCAAUGUUCAGGUAGCAACUUUGUUUUUAUUGCUGUUGUUGAUUAGGGUCUGCGUAAAAUAAUAACAAUCAUGAUCAUAUUACACGGUGUAUAUUGCGGGCAUCAUUCCUCAAAAUUGCAUUCUUUGAACUCACAAGCUAACUUAAACAACUGUCGGAUCGAUUAACUUUUGAUCUUGGGGUGGACGACCUCGUAAGAACCAAACGGUCCGGUUUUGGAGAACCUUUUUUUACAAUAACGACAAAAUCUUGCAGAAAAAAAAAAGUAGAUCAAUUAAAUAAUUAAAAAGAAAAAUUAAAAGUUAAAUUUAGAUGAAAAUUAAAAUUAGAAUUAACUUUAUUCGAAACGUCGACUAAUAUUUCUUUUCUUGGUAAAUGCUUCAACAAGCAACUGAGGCCCAGUUCAGACGUCGUGCUUCUGCCGUGCCGAACUUAAUUGUAAUUUGGUUCGACUGUAGCACGGCAGAAAAACAAUUUUGAUUCAGACGUCGUGCCAGAGUCGAACCAAAUUCAGGAUUUACUGAUUUACCUCGUAACAAUUCUUCUCCCAAGUCCCCGUGGGAACGCAAUCUCGCCAAAAUACAUUAAUAUAAUUUAUGAAUUUUGUUUAGCACGGCAGAAGCACGACGUUUGAAUUGCUGCCGUGCCAGAGCCGUGUAGCACGGCAGCGCUUGUCGAACUUAAUUGCUUGCCGAACUUAAUUCAAAAGUUUGAUUCAGACGCCGUGCUUCUGCCGUGCAUUUGUUGAACUUAAUUCCUGAAUUUAGUUCGGCACGGCAGAAGCACGACGUCUGAACUGGGCCUGACUAUUCGAUCUUUUUAUGGUAAUUAGCGAUUAUUGGGCGAGGCUGUAGAUCAUACGAAAACCGAAUCCAAUAAGUGUUUUAAAUUACUAUUCUUUCGAAAUAAUUCAUAGUUUAUACGAGACGAGCUGAAACAUGUUUACCUCGAUCGAUGUUAGUUCCUGUCUUCAUUUGGCUGUUUUCUCGGCAAAUUCAGGAUAUGGAGGGAUGUUUAGUCUAGCAUAAAUUCGUCAAUAAGCAGAUGCCAUCCACUGAGUUGUAUUUUUGCUGUUCUUGCUAUGCUUUUAGGCACUGUUCUUAGUACCGUAAAUAUAGCAAGCAUAUUUUCAUAAUUAACAAUUAUUCCACGGGUGCGCGUUGGAUAUGAAUUGGCUAUAAACAUCUCAUAUCCAACAAGCGCGAAUGGAAUAGUUGUUUUAUUAAAAACACCCACAAAAUAUCGCGAAUUGUUCCCGACUUUACUUGUAAAAACAACCGGUUUUCAGCUUGUUUAUAAUUUUGAGCAGAUAAGUACAGUUACCAUAUUUGGAGAGAAUGGUAUGAUGGCUCACAACCAUGAUGGCUCAGCCAAUCAGAGCUCUAGAGUUGCAAUAUCCAAUGAUUCAGUUUUUAAAAGCAAUAGAUAUCCCACAAUUUCUAGCGUUGUAUAUAUUACCUCCAUUCCUCCUAUUGUGUGCAUUUUUUUAUCCUUUAGUAUCAGAUUGACCUUAUUUUUUGCUAGCUAGUUAUGAAGAAUUUGGACUAAUCAAAAAAGGAGAAGUAUUCUGAAUGAAAAAUAAUCAAAUUUAUAACCCACUUCCAUACAAAAAUGGGAUAUACCACAAAAGGUCUGUUCAUUUCAUUACUUUGUGGUAGCUCUAUUGGAACUGCUGUUGGCUAAAGAUUUCUAAUUCUUGAAAAAAAUUUUUCUACUAUGGGUUCGGUUAAAUAAGUGAAGCUUCAAAAAAGCUUUGUGCCGUCGUCCAAGAAAUGGCAUAAAACCAAAAUAUUUUUGAUGCACAGACCUAAAACGCAUUUAAUUUCAGCACAAGACGUUUGAAGUAAUAUAUCAAACAUGAGACGCAGUGUUUCAUAACCAGAUGAAACACCGAGAAGAGAGUUGAAAAUACGACGCGCAGCGGAGUAUUUUUGACGAACUUCGAGGUGUUUCAUCUGGUGAUGAAACACUGUGUCGAAUGUUUGAUAUUUCUUCUCAAACAAAAUCAUUUUUGAAGGAGAAAUUAAGGAUGCAAAUACUGAGCAGUUUUUCAUCCGAUUUCCAAACACUCAUUAAACAUUAAUUUUCUUUGUAUUUUCUUUAUGAAUUAUUAAUGAGUUUGAGAAUGUCUCUUCAAGAAUGGGUAGAUGUUUUCAUACUUGACCAACACGACCAAUACAUUGAAUCAUUCAUUGUUAAUCCUAUUUCUUUUAGACGCAGAAAGGAAACUUGCCUUCUUAGAUGUAGAAGGUUUUGACAUAUUUGGAAAGAACUCGCUCUUUGCCCCCCUUAUCAGAUGGGAAACGUUCUACAAAGAUAUCGACAACAUAAAGAAAGCAGCCGGUGAUUAUGAAAAAGCAUUCAACGAUAUAAUUACUAGCGUGAAUAACAAAAAAGAUUUAAAGCAGGUAAAAAGUUACUUCUUUCUAGCAACCGUUUAAAAAUGGAUCAUAUGGACGAAUACUGUGUAUAGAGAUGAACAAUGAGUGCCAGCAAUAAUACUGAUCAAUUUCUUCAAGGUGAUCCUUUGAAUCGUCAUAUACAAGGAGUGGCUGAUCUUUUUUUCAAGUUCAUUAGAUCAAACUGAGGCCCACAGGGCCAAAGGAAAAAAAAUGUAUUUCCGAGGCUUAUCAUCCCUCGUAUCUUGCACAGCACAAUAUUUAGCAUACCGUGAAAGUACUGUUCAGUCACGUUCACCUAUCGUCCACUCAUCUCCAGAAAUACAAGAAAGCUCGAAACCUCGAGAUUAGAUCAAUUAUUUCCAUGUGACUUCAUGCAGACAGAAUAGACCUUAUUCAUGAUACCCGCCAUCUUUGCAGGUGUUUAAGACAGGGGGCAAACAAAAAUAAAUUCUGCCGAUACAAGAAGUCGCGGUCGAGUUUCUUUAUUCUAGACAACAGAAAAUGAUGGACUUGUUAUUCCUAAAGACGAUAAUGGCAGAUAUAUGGGUGGACGUGAGCAUUGCUACUUUUUUUUGGAUCCAGUAGCAGCUGUAGAUGUUCUCACAGCAAGCAAAAAUGACGAAAAACUUGUCGAGACUCGAACUGUACAUUUUGCAUGACUAAAGUCGUCGUCUCGUUCUGAGAGAAUAAGCAAACUCGACCGCGAUUACUCGAAUUGGCUAAUUGUAUCAAUUGUUUCCCCUUUGAAAUAACACGUGACAUUGCUUUUAAUCAAUCAAUGCUAAAGUGCGUACCAAAAUGACAGGUAUCGUGAAUAAGGUCUUACUAUUGAUUGCGUUUAGGUGAGGAUUAGGGCUAGGGGACACUUCUUAAUGUCUAUCAUAACGAGCAUGAAUGUUAUUAACUUGCAAUCAUGGGCAAGCUCUGAAACCACAGCACCAUACGUAAAUUUAAAAAAAAAACAUAAAAGGGAAGAGUAAUAAUAGUGAAAAAAACAACUUACGUCCCUCGGAGGGAACCCGUCUCACUCAUACUCUCUCCUACAACAAAGACUUUUGGCCGAUUAAAAAUAGCCUAACUGCUCGUUUUCUUUUGUUACUUUUUUCUUAUUAGAUGGCGUCUAAAUUUUCAGAUAUAACGACUAGACAAGUAAGAGCGCAGAGAAAUCGGCUUAUUGCGGCCAGAAACGUCGACGAAAGUGAAAAAAGGAUGUAUAUCAAGGUAUAUAUGUGCUUGGAGGACAGCGCACCUUUUAGUUCAUCUUAUUAUAUACAGUCAAUUAAUGAAUAGUGUGACUUUUGUCAAAUAUAAUACAAAAAUUGAUAUUCUUACUACGAUGAAGGAAACAGUCAGAUCAAUCAGAGUCUGUGGAUCUUAUAGCUUCCUUUUAAGUUUAAGUGCAUUUUAGUACGCAGCGAUCAUUAAACAAAUUAGUACGUUUCAGGUAAGACACGAAGCUCGAAACAAUGUUUAAUCGUUUCACGUGCAAUAUUCGGGCUCGGUUUUUGGCACUUUGUGAGCUUUUUGGUAUCGUGAUUACUCGAGAGACCCUAACCCUUAAAACUGAAACCGGCUCACAUAAUUAUGGCCACGUGAAUGUAAACAUAACGUAAACAAUCCGCGACAGACAGCACGUGGCCAUGGUCAGCCAUUAAAGAAAAGCUGGCGUUCUCUUCUAAGAUAUUUUGUUUUUAUUUGAUAUAUUUUUUCCACGAGUAACUCUACAGUUGUAUUUGUUUCAUUUUCUUCUGUCUUUAACUACUAUUAUUGUCAUUCAAACAGUGGGAAAAGUGUUUCUUUUUCAAAUGAUGAGUUAAAUUUAGGGCUUUUGAGAAAGGACUUGCUUUUCCUUGCUUGAGUGUCAAAGUAGCCCUACACAAACCUUUUAUGUUCGUUUGUUUGUUUUUGUUUUGUUUUGUUUUUUACGAUGGUGGGUGUUUGACACCAGCAAAUUAAUUUUUCACUUAUUCCCCCCCUCCACUUUUUUUUACUUCGGCGGAGCGCGAAGUAAAGGAUUCGCGACGCUCAGGAAUGUAUCAAAAUUGCCAUUUUUUGACAAGAUUGGGCAAGCAAAGUCUGUAGGUUUUCGGUGCUAUUCGGCUAUUUGACGAAUUGAGAGCCGAAUUAGUUCGAGAAAUCUCGAGAUCACUUCUGUACGUUUUUGGAUUAGGCAUGAAUAAUUAAUUAGGGCUUGUUUACAUUUCAGCUUGAGUCAGCAGAUUUGCAUCAGUUACUGAAAUCAUAAAAUAUGUCGAAAAGCUACUACUAUUCGCCUGUUUAGUAUUUUCUAGAACCUUAUGUCAAACGGUGUACAAGUUCCAAGCGAGUUCUUUCGACGAACUAAGUUUUUUCCCACGAGCUGGACUGCUGUGUUUAGUCAAGUGUGACGAAGGUCGAUUUUCUGGUUCGGUGUUUACAAGUUCGCGGAAGCCGUAAGAUAUCUGAAGUUCAAGUGAGAGUUUGUUAUUAUUGGUAGAGGCUGUUUAGUUUUACUCAAAGUUCAAGUCAAGUUUGUGUUGGUGGAUGCUGUGUUUUAAAGCUCUGUAAAGGCUAUGUUCCUUUGGUGUUAAACUUCCUUGUGUUAAUCCGACAUUCCUGCGUUCUGAUAGUCAGUGAAUAGUUAUCCUCAAAACAUUCGAACUCGUGACUUUGAGUUUUAGCCAAUUCCACGCUCAACGUAAUUGACUCCUUACCAAUGCCUUACAUAUCUUUAAUCAGUACAUGAGACUGCUAUGCUGUUUUUGAAGCCUAAUGUGACUAAGAAAAAAAGAGAAUUGUUUUUUUAGAAGGAUUUGUAUGGAGUCAUCAGAGCAUAACUGGGCUAAUAUCUCGGAGACAAUUUGUCCCGAAAUGCUAGUUUUUGGCAAGUAGGCCUCUUGGAUGUUGCUCUUUUCAGAAUAUCCUGACAAAUCCCAUAAUUUCACAAAUUAACACCUUACUCUUACCAUAUUUCAUUUCUUACUAUUCCUCCGCAUUUACAAUUAAUUAGUUCCACAACCACGACGCCGAAGUGUACGCUCCGUAGCGUCUUGUUCUUCUUACACUGAUCUUCACACGCCGUUCCUGUUUGCCGUUGGCUUAUCAUAUCUCUUCUUCCUACAGGCCAUAAAGUCAGAGGAGCAGAGAAUGAAAGGUAUACUAACAACAAUCAUGAACUUGUUACCCGAAGCUUAUCAGAAAACGAAGAACAAGUUAGACGCAGAGCAGUUUUUGGCAGUUCUUCAGGGAAUCACUGGGUUCUCGGGAGCUGUAGCAGGCAAAGACCCCUUUGCAUUUAUUGACUCGGCUGUCGGUAUAAUGGAUUACGAAAUAAACAAACCAUGCCUCAAAUCACUGGGCACAAUUCGCAAAAAUCUCAAGAAAUGGCUCACAUUUGGAAACGAGUACAAGCCACUCAAGGAUUCUAGUGACUUAAACUUUGACAAAGUGAAGGUCUCCGCAAUCCCCGAAGUUAUGAAGGUAUAUAUUUUCUCAAAAUCAUUAAUUAUUCAUGCCGUAAAAAGCCAGUAAAUGACGACCAUUUGGUUCAGUUGGAUGAAUCUUCAUACCUAAUGAGACACCAGAUAAAACACAACCAGGUUUUCAUCUGAGAUGAAACAUGUUUUUUAUCUUAGAUCAGACAUUUGCAUUUUAAUGAGAUGUAACACAACUCAUGGAACAAUACAGUGCCAGAGAAAACAUGUCACUGUAUAAUUUCUUCUUGUUUCAUUUGAGAAAACAUGUCAAAAACUCGGACUUCUUGCUUCACUCCUCGAAACAGAUGAAAAUCUGUUUCUCAAUCUUUGGAACCCGUGAUGAAGCAUUCUCCCUCGUUUUUUACGUUUACAUAAAAAAUAAAUAUGUGUGAUAAUACGGUAUGAGAAUGUUAUAGAGUAGUCGGUCUUGGUUGUUAAUUAUCAAAGCAGUACGGACCACUGUACAACUGCCUCCGUGUUCCCCCCGUGUUCCCCGGGGGGAAGGCGGGGGAGAGGUAGUAGCUCAAAAAAGUUUUAAACGGGAAGACUCUGCCCCGAGGUCCAACCCCUUGCUCUUUUAUAUACCAUUUUUGACAGGAGAGGUAUCCCUUUUGUAAUGUAUGCCUUUAAUUACCAAAUGGUACCCCUUUCACAUACCUAGUUUGGAACUUUGCAUCAUUUUAAGCUGCUGCAUUUGUACUGUCUUUCAAAUAUAUAUAAAUCACAAAACCAGAACUUGUUUCUCGUCUUUUUCACUCCGAUAAAAUGCAUCUUUUAUCCCUUUUGGGAAGGAAAUGACGGAUUCACUUACCCUUUCAUAUACUUCAACUAGCUUCAACUGGUAAAAUUCCUACCUUUCAUAUACAUGGUGCCUGUCCCUAUAGGCCGUUAUAGGGACUAACCCUGGGUUGUCAAGAUGGCACCUAAAACAAUUGUAAUACGCAUGACUGUUGCGCUACUAGAACUAUAAAUAGGGACCUUAAACAAGGACGACGACGACGGCAGUGAAAACGUCGGUAAAAAAUGAAUUUGCGUUCUUUCAAACUUAUUCGCGUCUACUUGGACCCGCGCAAUAUGUCAAAUGCAGGCGACUUUUCCUGGAGUUGAAUUCUUAAGGAUUUUAUUCAGGUUCAAAAAGAGGAAGGAAAAUUCGUCGUCGUAUGUCCACGUCCUCCAUAAAACCUCAAAUUAGAAGGUUUCACGUCGCAGUCGUGCAGUGGACGUCAACGAAAUGUACUAAAAAUGUACUAAAAAGCGUGAGAGUGCGUGCAGAGCAGUUGUUUUGAUCAUUAAACCCAUUGUCUUUUUGAAGUCGUCGUUGUGGUCGUCGUCGUAGUUGCUUAAGCUCCCUAAUGGUUUGGCCCUACCAAUUCUAUCUUCAUAUCAAUGAACUACUGCAAAACAGAUAGCAUUUCCUUGUAGUGGCGUAGCCGCAGUGAUAGGCAACUUUAGCUGAUUUUUCCGGAUGGUAACGAAGAAGAGCAGAUGGUAGGUAUUACUGCCACUUGGUCUGUGGCGACACAACAUUUUGCAGCCAAGGUCAAUUGGGUGUAUUAUUUCUUAACUUUUUUUUCUUCUGUUUUUUGUUUUGUUGUUGUUGUUUUUUUUUUUUUACCUGGCAUAAAUGUUCUUGUUUUUGUUGUUUUAAUUCAGGCCAACUUAGACAUAAGCAAGGAAAAGCUUGCUGCUGACUUAGUUUGUUUAUUGGAAGAGGCUGCUAGACCUCGGGACGUUGCCCCGCUGAAAGCGGAAAUAGAGUCAUACUUCAUUGUUGGAGGGGCGCGCAUUGACAUGAUAGGGAAAGUUGUAGAAAUUGACAAUAACAUUGGAACUAACAACUUUGAUAUUCCACUUCUUGAAAAGACUGAAAAGGGAAUUAUUGCGGCUGGCAAGUCAAAAGGUAUAAGAAUCGAUUUACACCAGAGUCAACGUAUGAUGCUUCGAAGGAGGGCCUUAGCCAUUCUUUCACUAGCUAAAAUGCAAAAAUUAUAUCGUACUGAAUGCUCUAAAUUGGCAAAUAAGUCAUUUAAAACAUUUUGCAAGCGUUUUGGGUUGCUUGAAGACCAUUUUGCCAGAGUCCUUACUGCACUUUCUACUACUACUAGCUGAAGCGCUCAGGGGCGGAUAUAGGGGGAGGGUGCAGGGGGUGCGCCCCCCUGAGAUGACCUGCUGUUUUCUAAUCUAAUACAACUGGUAUUCUGCAAAAAAAAACUAUGUGGUUCAUUGGUGUUGAAGUAGAGCAAGAGACGAGUGCACCCCCUCCUAAAAAAAAAUCCGGUAUCCCCCCCUGUGUGCUUGUGUUGAUUCUGAAACGCAGAACGAAGGCGUCAGAAUAAUAAGGUCGCUCGAGUACCAUCCUGCUAAUAAUUUUGAAACUAAGUCUAACUCGACAUGUAUAUGGCUUCCGUUUUCACGUGAACGAUGUACUAAAAUUAACGGAACAGUCUCUGGGGUGGAUAUAUGUUUAACUUUUUCAAAAGGAUGAGUAUUGAUCUGGUGUAGCCAACAUGAAUGCACGAGUAUUUUUACGCGUUUACAAACUUGUGGUUUUUCGCAGGUACCGUCACCCCAAAGAAACAAAGAAGCCAAACAAUAGAGUUCUCCUGAGAGCUUUAUUGUUUGGUUGUAUUGGAGACUCACGUAAGAGGGUCUCCAAUAAGUUUUUCGGGAUGCGGGAUUUCCCUUAUCUGAGGCUCGGGAUUCGGGAUUUUAAAGGGAAAUCGGGGCGAGAUUUGGGAUUGAAAGUAUGCGCUGGAGGUGGGAUGCCAAAAGUAACCCUCGGGAUUACGGGAUUGCCCGAAAAUUUGGGUCGGGAUUACGGGAUAGAAAAACCCUAUUGGGGACCCUCAAGUAACUAAAGCUGAAAGCUGAAGUAACUUGUCAUCGCUCCCAGUCGUUUUUCGACCCUCACAUUGUAAUAAUAUUGUAGCAAUGUUGUAGUUUUUACAAUAGCAAUACUGUAACAAGUCCACUUACCAUCCGUGCCCUCCUGACAGGUCAGGUAUAUAUGUUUUUAUUAGACUACAAGGUCCGUUGUACUGAUGUGAUGAAACUCUCCACCAGUGGCAUAAAAGUUUGACCUAAAAUUGUUCAUCGCUUGGAAAUAAUGUUAAAUUUGUUAGUUUUAGCGUUAUGUAUAGCUACUAACAAACAAUUUUUCGCGUUUGAAUUGAGGUGGCCUGUUAACCACGGAACUCCGCCAAACCUUCACAGACAAUCUUCUCAGCACAUACAAACAACUGGAAAGGUCAUUUAUGAUAAAGCUCUAUGAGCUCCACAAGGCCCUUGGAUUCCGUACACUGUGGAACUUGAAUAACUUAAUAGGCUCAUUCCGACGGAUUGCUUCAGAGAGUGCACUGGGCGUUGGGCGACUUAACGGAGCGGUGGAACUUACGAGGGAACUUCGAACUCUGUCCGGGGUUAUAGGAAAAGCUCAAGUAUGUUUCUCUAAACUGAAAUAUACAAGAAAUGUCCAUAAAUGGAGCUUUGACAAGGACAGAAACAAAAAGGUAAUCAUGUAAACAACGUCACAAAGUCGCUCGUUUUAUUAUUAUUAUCAUUAAUUUAUAUAUAUAUAUAUAUAUAUAUAUAUAUAUAUAUAUAUAUAUAUAUAAAUUUUUGGUGGCUAUAAUGUGUAACCGCAUCUGUUGCAAGUGGAAAAACCUCUUGUUGACAACCAGAUGAAACUAAGCUGAAACAAGAACCUUUGGAUCCGCUGAGAAAAUGUUGUCUAACAUGUUAACUGAACUGGCUAUGUUGCUUACUAAGACGCAUAAACAAUGCAAUGCAGGGUCCACAAUACAAGGCGGGGAUGGUGUAGUAUUUAGAAGCGAUUAUUGCUAUUUCACUUCGCCAAUAUCAUGCUUAAUAACACCACAGGCGGCCCAGACUCUGUGGGAGUUCGUUAGUUUGGAAACCUAAUUAUCGACGUUUAAGAUUUUGAGUUUAUUUCUUAUUAUUAGUACAACUCAAAAUUCUAAACGUCGAUAAGCAAAGAGACAAUAAAUAACAAAACAAAACCACAAGGUGAGUCAUCUUUAUUUCUAUUUAAGUCAAAAAAUGAAUUUUAGGACGAAUUUUGUAUAUUUUCAUACAUUCUCUUAUGGAAUCAAGUCAAUAUAAACUUUUGAAAUUUUAGUUUAAACUGUACCUGUAGUUUCAAAGUUAAGAAAUUCAGUUAUCAAUUACGUUGUAUAAGUUUUGUUUAACUAGCGCCUAGAGGCUUUAUGCAAUUAAUGACAAAAGUCAUGACAUUGUUUCUGACUCUCAAUUUCGUACCCAGAUGUCUUGAAGACGAAGCCGAAAAGAGAUCUGGGCUCGAGAUUAUCUGAUACUGCCCAACGUCGUCCUCUGUAAGAAUGGUUUCAGCCAAGUCUGAAGACAUUAUUACGUGCUUUGAUGUUAUUUUUUUGCCACUGUUAGAAUAUAACGUUAUUUCUAAAUUUUGCAGAUGUUUAAAGAAAUCCAACAAGGUUACACUAGAUUCGGUAUCAGUGAAGAUGAAAUUUGCCCCAGUUGUUACAACGCGCGACUUAUUAAGGUAAGAAUAUACAUAUAACUCAUCAUUUAUUCCUUGUUCUUGGUGUUGUUGAUAUUUUUGGAAUUGUUUUUUUUGUAACACAGACAGUAGUUUGCAGCGUUUGGGCUUACCUUUACAAUGAUAUUUUUGAGACGCUUUUUUUGUACAAUCGUAUAAAAAUUCUAGUUGUCUAUAUCACCUCCCGGUCAGCUCGAUUGGACAAGCGCCGGUCUGCCGAGCGGUAGGCCGCUGGUUUAAAUCACGGCCGGACUAACACUCGCUUCCUUACAUGGAACACAUUAUCACUCCCAACGCUGUCAACCUAACCUAAUCAAACACUUGCUCUAGACUUUUGAUAUUGUAUUUUUGCGUUAGAAUGAAACUUUAAAAACUGUUAAUAAUUCGGCAGAUGUACAUCGAACUCUACGGUUCUGAGCAGCAAGAUACAAUACCUGACAAAAUUCAUCUGAAGGUGCGCCACCUAAGCGGAGCUCAUUUCCUGGCAGGUGACAAAAAGAUUAAGAAUUACCGCCAGCCAAUAACUGACUACAGGAAUCUCAAGUUCGAUCGAUUUACCAUCAGCAAUGACAAGGAGUGUCGCAAGGCAAAGAAACAGGGGAAAAAUUCAAGUAAGCAUUCAUAAUAGUAGUUUAAUUUUAAAUUUUAAAGCACUCCUUCAUUCACAUUAGUGACAAUAUCCUAAGGCCCCGUGCACAUAAUGCACAUAAUGCAAUUUGAAAACGGAACUUUAUUUUUCCGGUUACGCCUUCCGUCCACACUAAUCCGCACAAAUCCUGAUAAAUUCUCCAUCGAAAACGGAACUUUUCGAAAACGGUCUCCAGAUCUAGAGUGGAAGAAUUUAAAAACGCCGGCUAGCCGUAUUAGUGUGGACAGAGAACAUUUUGAAAACGGAACUUUUCGAAACGGGCGAUGCUCGGCGACACGUCAUGAUUGUCAUGUGAUUUCAUUGCCCAAGUCUUCCUAGGUUAUAAAUCCAACAUGGCGGACGACGAGAUCAUAGCUUUUUUGUUGUCCAUGAUAUCAAGUUUAAUUACGUGCUUGGAGUUAAAUAUCGCACUUUAUAACAUGUAUGAGAGAAAUCAAAGGCCUUCGAAGUUUUGUAGUCGCCUGUGACAUUCAACAACAAUUUCACCUCGUCAGCAGACCAUGAAAAGUAUUCGGUUUUGUUUUUUUCUUCCGCAGUAUUAUUCUUAAGGCUUGACAUGCUGGGUAAAUUAAAAAAGAUAAUAAUCUCUUUCGCGUAAACAACAACGUCACAACGUUCAAAUAUGGCGGGAGUAAGGAGAAGUCGGCUGGAAGCCGACUUCUCGGCGGGCUCAACGCCUCGAUAUGCGCAUGCUCAAAGGUGCGUUUAAGCGUUUUUGACGCCUCUGAUCUUUGUAGUGUGGACGCAGACAGGAGCUCAUAUGGGCUCCUGACGCAGAACAUUUAAUCCGUUUUCAUGUGUGGACAGCAAACUUUUGUUUCGUUUUCAUUGUGAGAGUUCCGUUUUCAAAUUUAUCCGGCAUAGUACUAUACUUGCAAGAAAGGGACAUUUUACUCGAGUCUACAACAAAGGGAAUAGGAAGCAAUGGCAAGCAGGCAGUGACUGAAUGAUCAAUUCAGUACAGUCUGUGGAACCUCCAUCAGGGGACACCCUCGGGAUCAAGGCAAUUAUCCCCUGAAUAGAGGUGUUCCCUUAAUGGAAUUUGGGCCGGAAUUUUGUUGAUAAUUAACCAACAAAUGAAAUAUUAUUAUUUUAUUCUACCUCGGAAUCUGCUACUGUCAUUAUUUUUCAGCAAUUAGAUAAUGUAUUUAUAUAUAUAUAUAUAAAAAUCACGAUUAACUUAUCUCUGCGAUGUUGUGUGUUGAAUUCCUACAAGUGCAGUACAUCAAUUUAAUGUAGCUCGUGUAGUGAAAGUUGUUUCCAUUGUGACUGUCAGUCACUUUUCAAGUGCUAAGGUGUCCCCUGAAUGGAGAUUGAAUCCCGCAAAAGUGUCCCUUUCCUCUUAAUAGAGGUGUCACUUCAUUAGAACUAACAAAUACAAAGAUUAUGCGAACGUUUUUCUGGCGUCAAAUUUUGUGUCCUCUGAAUAGAGGUGUCCCUGAAUAGAGGCGCCUCGAAGGAGUGGUUCCACUGUAUUAGUAUAUAAAGAAAGGAAGCAAAUUAUCAGCGUGCACAGAUCAAGGAAAAAUCGUUCUGAGUCGACAGACAGUGCGUAUUCUUCAGGAAAGGAGAGAUUCCUCAUGAUUUCUUAGCGCCUUGAUAAUCUGUUAUUCGGUUUAUCUUUAUCAUCCUUCGAUUGCGAGUAUUCUCUCAUUUUCCUCAGGAAUACAUGUAGUAAAGCGCGCAUGAAAAUCGCCACACAUUCACUCCCUCUAUUUUCCCUGAGGAAAAUGAGCGGCAACUGUUAGACUCUAUCAUCUCCUGUCUUAGGGUACUGUGUCGAAAAGGACGAUCGUCGAUGGGAACCGAUGUGCAGCCACCCCUUAAAUGGUCCAACCGAUUCUGGCUUGAUGAUGGGAAAAGAGGAGUGUACAAGUCCUUCUGGUUAUUACGAGCUGUUUAUUCCUGUGGACAAGAAUCUAGACUGCAGUGCCACUAGGAUGAAAGACACCAACUGCAAAGAUCUUGACGUGAGUUUCAGCUCCUGAAAAUUCUCGUACAGUGCAUCGUUAACGCCCGGCAGGUUGUUAAGCGUUUUUAAAAGCACCAAAGCGGAAGUUUUCUUGUGGUCUUAGUUUCCUGUCUUAAUCGCAGAGGGUUAAAUCCCGUUUGGCUGUCUUGGAUUAGAAGUUCCGCGAAUUAUGAAGCUUUUAAGAAACAUCUUCCGCGGUAUUAAAUCGGCAAUGCGCGAAGAAGUUAUGUACACCAGAUGCUGAGAACACGCUUCCACCGCCAAUCGGCUUAAUUUUUAUUAGUUUUGCCCCUUUGAACUUGGUUGAAAUAGGCAUCUGUCUUUUGCAAAUCAUUCCACUGCAUUUUCGACCAUCGUUUACGAGAGACAGCGUGGCUGAUUGGUCAACGCUUCGAACUCGGGUUCGAGUCCCGCGCUCCGACCACUGGGCGGAUUUCAGUUUAAGUCGCUUGGGGUUCAACUCCUCGGCAGUGCAUGCAAAGGGACUGCGUAACCAGCUGACGACGUUCUUCUAGUUGGUUUUUUUUUUAACCCUGUCAUGUUAUAGUUUUGAGAAAAAAAAAACGGCAACAUUUUUUAAACCAAAAGUUUGAAAUCAUGAAACACAGAAUGGAGUUUAUGAUAAUGCGAGAAAACUGUUACAACAUAAUAAAGAAACGCGAAAAUGUGUGACUAUAAAUUCGACUCUGUGUUUCACGAUUUCAAGCUGAAGAUGACAGUUAACAUGUCUAAGUAUAAAAGUAUUGGUUUUUUUUCGUUUAUUUGUUUUUAUUUUUUGGUUAACUUAUAAUUAGUCUGCAACUCUCCAGACCUACUGUAAUGUUCUAAUUAAAACACUUGUUGCUAAUUAUUGAACAGAAAUGAUUGUAAAAUUUCUGGAGCUGUUAAGUGCACUUCCACUCUAAAAAAUAUUUUGUUUAUUAUUUCAUUUUAGCUGACGAAGUUCACUAAGAUGAACGUUUGGGUGUAUUACUUGUACUGGUCGAACAAGUAUCCUGUCGGACCUGAUGACCCCGUAUGUCGUGUUGCAACGCGCGAUAAAACGGAAUCAAACAGAGAUCGUCAAACAGCAGAUUCCUGA